CAUUUGAUUGAAUUGGAUUGGAUUGUGUGUUAUUUGAAUAUAUAUAGGUUGACGACAGGAUAAGUAAGUUGCCUGAAGACAUCAUCCUUAAGAUAUUGUCUUUGCUAUCGACGAGGGAAGCUGCCGCCACCAGCGUUCUUUCUUCCCAACGGGUCGGGUUUGUGGAAACGCACCUCUAAUCUCUACUUCCCCAACACCGAUCCUACUUUCAACUUUAUAAAAACUGAUAUUGAGCACACUUCAUGGGAUGUGGAGACGUGCAAGCACGUGAAAAUGGUAAAUUCGGCUAUCGAAUCGCAUCAAGCCCUUUGCUUGAAAAAAUUCAGCAUGUCUUUCUAUGUGAACGAAUCAGGCAAGAGCGCAGUCGCCAAAUGGCUGGAGUUUGUGUGGUCGACACAAGUUGAGUGUUUGAUAUUGAGCUUCCGAUGUUCGAGACCAAGGUCUAUGGUUGUCCUAAAAGAGUUGUUGGGAGAGAUGAGACCCAUGAAUUACCUCAAGAAAUUGUUUCUGGGAACUAUGAGAGUGAGUGGCGAAGACAUCUCGUUGUUCCUGCGUAAUUGCCCCUUAUUGAUGGAACUGGAUAUCAGAUCGGUUUUGACGUCUGAUGUUCAUGUCUGCGGCGCAACCCUCGAGUUGAAGAAGUUGAGGAUACGUUGUCGCACAGAGACAUCCAUAAAGAUUUCUGCUCCAAAUCUUAUCUCGGUUAUGGUCGAUGCAAAUCGGCGGAAGCUGUUUCUCGAGAAUGUUCCAAAGCUUGUUAGUGCUGUAUUUAGAAUUCAAAGUCCAAAAUAUAGAGCGAAGCAUUUGGCCUCUGCAGCAUCUUGCAUCAUUUCCCAACUGCAAACACUCACCUUGAACCUCUUUUAUCCCGAGUUUUUGGCGAAUGGGUUUCCUCAUCAAAUGCCUAAUCUCAAGGAGUUGACCCUUAUAGAUAAGGGAGUGUAUGAGCACGGCUGUCUCUUGCCGGUAAAGGCUUUAAUAUCGGCAUCGCCUCGUCUUCAAAAAUUCACAUUCACGUUUCUUGACAAAUUUGAAGACGCAACAUCACAUGAAAGAUUCAGAUGUCCGCACCAACAUCUCAAAGAUUUAAAGUUUCAAGGGUUUCAUGCGAGGCAUAUCAUCCAAUUGUUGACGUACAUUUCAGAUAAUUGCGAUGAGUUUCAUAAAAUAAAUACUUGUUCUCCACUAAUGGGUAAGGCUGAGGUGCAAGUUCAUAGGCACCACCUCAAGCAACUUCAAGCCCAAUUAUCUCAACAUAUUCAACUCAACUUUUUGAAUUUUACAUAAUACUACUGUUGUGUAUGGAAUAUUCAAAGUUUUAUUCAAU